UGUACACAUCACUCUGUUCUCGUUCUUGGGGUUACCUUUUUUUCUCCACAGAGCUCUCUCUCUCUCUCUCUCUCUUCGUUCUCAACAAGUCGGAGGAGCAGAGAGAUAGAUAGAUGGGAUGGUUUCCAUGUUCCGGGCAAUCGGCGAGGAAGAAAGGCUGCAAGAACAUCGCAGUAAUCGAUCCUAAUCCCUCCGACAAGUCGAGGUCGAGGUCGAGGAAUUCAUUGAACUCGCAGGAUGUGUCUGUUAAGGAUGGAGGAGCCAAUCAAAUUGCAGCCAAGACUUUUACAUUCCGUGAAUUAGCGGCUGCCACUAGAAAUUUUCGAGGCGAUUGUCUGGUUGGAGAGGGUGGUUUUGGAAGGGUUUAUAAAGGGCGACUUGAUUCCAACCAGGUUGUUGCCAUCAAGCAACUUGAUCGAAAUGGAUUGCAAGGAAACCGGGAGUUUCUUGUGGAAGUCUUGAUGCUAAGUCUGUUACACCAUCCUAAUCUUGUUAAUCUCAUUGGCUAUUGCGCUGAUGGGGAUCAAAGACUUCUGGUCUAUGAGUACAUGCCAUUAGGGUCUUUGGAAGAUCAUCUUCAUGAUCUUACACCCGGGAAAAAACAGCUUGAUUGGAAUACAAGAAUGAAAAUUGCUGCUGGAGCUGCAAAAGGAUUGGAGUAUUUACAUGACAAGGCUAGCCCACCAGUGAUAUACCGUGAUUUAAAAUGCUCAAACAUUUUGCUUGACGAGGGUUUUUACCCUAAGUUGUCUGAUUUUGGCCUGGCCAAGUUGGGGCCUGUAGGAGACAAUACACAUGUGUCUACCAGGGUUAUGGGUACUUAUGGAUAUUGCGCUCCCGAAUAUGCUAUGACGGGACAGUUGACUGUAAAGUCAGAUGUUUACAGCUUCGGGGUUGUACUUUUGGAAAUCAUCACUGGAAAGAGAGCAAUCGAGAACUCAAAAGUUGGAGGGGAGCAGAACCUUGUCUCAUGGGCAAGACCUUUAUUCAAAGAUCGGAAGAAGUUCAAGCAGAUGGCUGAUCCAAUGCUGCAAGGUCAAUACCCGUUAAGGGGCUUGUAUCAAGCGCUUGCAGUAGCAGCAAUGUGUGUUCAAGAGCAGCCCAACAUGCGCCCCGCCAUAGCAGAUGUUGUUACAGCUCUUAGUUACCUGGCUUCACAAAAGUUCGACCCCGAGUCCCAAGCAGCUCAGAACACACGCUGGUCGCCUUCGGCUUCACCUCGAAUGAAGAAAGAUAGCGAUAAGAAACAAAACGGUACCAAUGGAUCUGAAAGAGAUCGAACCACAAGAUUCAAAUGAGAAAGUACAUGCGGUCACUUUGAAAUAUUCUCUCCAAGCCUAAAUCAGAUGAAUUAUUAUGGUCAACAUAUUUCGAAACGUAAAACAGGCUGGUUGGCAAUUUUGUAGCCUAUAUCCCUCUGUUUUCUUCUACUGCUUAGGAGCUUGCUUUGUUUACAUAUGUAUAGGCAAACUACAUUAUAUUACAUAUAUUUGAUUAAUUUUUAUUUCUUGUUGUAUCUACAUACAUUACCCUCGUGUAAUUGAGUUUCUGUCAUACAUUAGUUACUACUUACUAUGAUAUGUUUCUUUACACGAA